UCUUCUUCCUCCUGUCUGCCUCUUAUUAGUUCUAGAUCGCAUCUAGUUCUGGGAUUGGCCCAAGGAAUCGAGAACUGACAUCCCACAACUCGAAGCCAUGCAUCGCAACACCAUUGCCGUGCUUGCUGGCGCCCAGCUUGCUGCUGCUGGCCUCUAUCCCGGCGUCACAGCUGACAAUCACACGUGUGCAUUGGCCGACCCUGUCUUGUCUUGCUCCAAGGGCGCUGUGCCCGGAAAGGUGGACACCUGCUGCGUCGAGACCUUUGGAGGACUGGUACUCCAAACCCAGUUCUGGGACACUCAAUCCGGCUUCGAAAGCCAAGGACAGAAGUAUCCGCCGGCAACAUGGACUAUCCAUGGCCUUUGGCCUGAUUUUUGCAAUGGAAGCUACACUCAAUACUGCGACCUAAGCCGCCAAUAUGACCCUCACCCUGCCCCCAACACAACCGACGGCACUCCCCAUGGAACCCCCGUCCCUCCAUACACCGGCCCCUCGAUCGAGACCUUUUUCGAGCCAUACGGGAAGAUGGACCUCCUCGCUUACAUGAAGAAAUACUGGAUCAACCAGGGCGCUCCUAACUGGGAGCUCUGGGCCCACGAGUUCUCCAAGCACGCUACCUGCUACUCUACCUUUCAAAAGGAGUGCUAUGGACCCAAGGCCAGCGAGUACGACGACCUCUUCCAAUUCUUCGAGACCGUCAUCUCCUACUACAAGACCCUCCCCACCUGGCGCUGGCUCUCCGCCUCCAACAUCCACCCCUCCAACAGGACCUCCUACUCUCUUUCCCACAUUCAAGCCGCGCUGACCCGCGAGUACGGCGUCGUCCCCUACCUCGGCUGCGGCGGUCCCAGGUACAACGAGACAAAGGCCGGCAAGGGGUCUCGUGACAACGGCGGCACGCAGCUGAACGAGGUGUGGUACUACUACCACGUCUAUGGCGCUCCCCAGCGGAACCAGGCCCUGCGAGUGCCUGCUGAUAUUGCCGGCGGUUCGCUGACAAGUUGUGCCAAGACUCCGGGCGCCAUCUGGUACUAUGAGCGUGCCCCGGGCAGUGAGACGAAAUAGAAUAGGGCUGGGCGUUGGAAAAGAAGACGCAAAAUAGAUGGAGAAUGAAAUGAAGAAAAUGAUGACCCUGUCCAUAGAUAAAUCGUACAAACGCCUGCUCCAUAUUGGAGCAUCAUGAAAUAGACUCUAAACUGCCAAUGAAACCCCCUUUUGCUAUUUCGUUCUGUCCCCCAUCUCACACCGCGAGCAGUUACGCCGAUAAUAAAGCCCCAAUACACGCCACGCUCUCUCAAUGGAUGCGGCCUACCUCAGCUCGUUUCUUACAAAUACAUUUUCCCCUUCUUUAUUCAUCGUCCGCCAAUUCCUCCACCCUGGGGGCUUCGUAAGCCUUUUGCUGCUGGGGAGCGACGUCGAGCUGUGUGUCGGUGCCCGUUGUCGUUGCAGUAGUCGGUGCGAUUUGUCCAGUAGCCGCGGCCAUGACGGAGUUGGUUCCAACAGCCUUUGACUUCUUCUUCUUCUUUGGCUUCUCAGUCUCAUGCCAAGCCCAGACUGGUCGGAAACUGUCCAUGAAAGAAACGUCUUCCCAGAGAUUGGGGUACAGCCAUAGACCAGGAGACGCAACAAAGUAUGUAAUGCAGAACAGGAUAACACGGAAAAUAGCCAUGGCGAAGAAGAGACCAAGAAGACCAAGCAUGCCCCAGCUCAGGUAGUAAACGCCCUGUCGCAGCUUCAACGGCCAGAGAGGGUACAACACAACGAUGAAGAUGAUGACCAGGGCCAGGGCGGCGUACAGCUGGCGCUUGACCUGGCUGCCCUCCCAAAGCCACACGUAGUACAUGUCCUCCUUGGCCUCUUGCUGCUGCUCUAUCCUGACGUUCCACUGGCCCUUGACACGCUUGGGCUUCUUGCCGUUGGGGCCGGGCUGCGGCUCGAGCUUGGAGACUCGCAGCGCAAGCAUGCUGAGGGGCAGCAGCUUAAAGGUGUUCUCUAGAGACGCCCGGUCGGUGAUUUCUGGCAGCAGAGGAUUCUUCUUUCGAGCCUUUUCAUAAGCAGGGGACUGCAGCGCUCGCAGGGCACGCUUGACCUUGAACAUGUCUUUGCGCUCGCCGUUGAGAAUCGAGGUACGUGGCUUCAGGUCCUGGCCGCGCAAGAACUUGGCAACAGCCAGUCCCUUUGGAUUCGGCGGGCCUGGGGUGAUGGGCUGAGGCUGGCCCUGUUGCGGCUGGCCCUGCUGAGGGUGCGGGUGCGGGUGCGGGUGAGGAUGAGGGUGGUUGUGGCCCUCAUGUCCUCCUUGCUGCUGGGCCUGUUGCUGCGCGGCCUGCUGCAUUUGCAUUGCGCGCAUGCGCGCCAUCUGCUGCUGCUUGAUGUGCUCGAUGAAUUGAGGCACCGUCAUGCCUGCCUUGGCGGCAUCUUCAGCAAUCCUCUGCUGGAUCUGCUGGAUCUGCUCGGGCGUGGGUGGCUGUCCCAUGAAACCUGGGCCCGGCAUGGGCAUUCCCAUGGGCAUUGCGCCUGGAGGCGGGCCUUGCGGCGGCGGCGCAGCCAUAGCUGUUCGUUGUGCUGGAGGAUAUGAUACAAGAAGAUGGGGCAGAUCGGGUCGUCGAGAGUUACACAGUCGUAGGCGACGGGAAAAUUUUCAAAGAAAAGUUUGAGUGAAAGACGCACG